UACAGGCAUGUUAUUAGGUAAAGCUGCAUGGUUCUAAACUUGUAAUCUAGUGCCUAAGUUUGUUAAACCAGAACCUUCAGCACCAUGAAGCAAUUUAAUAGACAGAGGAUAGGUGAACUUCAAAACAAUCCCUUGAAUAUCAGGAAUAUCUGUGGCCCAUGUAGAUCAUGGAAAAACCACAUUAGCUGACUCACUUGUUGCCUCCAAUGGUAUCAUAUCUCAGAAAUUGGUUGGUAAAUUGAGGAAACUGACUUCUCUUUAAGUUAUCGUUUGGUUUUAUUAUGUGCAUAACGCAGAUACAUGGAUAGCAGAAAAGAUGAACAAGAAAGAGGAAUAACCAUGAAGAGCAGUAGUAUUUCGUUAUUACAUACACAUAACAAUAAAGAAUUUUUGGUGAACCUUAUUGACAGCCCAGGGCAUGUGGAUUUCUCUUCAGAGGUAUCAACAGCAGUGAGGUUGUGUGAUGGUGCAGUUGUUGUAGUAGAUGUAGUUGAAGGUGUAUGUGCCCAAACAAAAGUGGUGUUGAAACAGGUAUGGCUUGAACACAUAAAGCCAGUCCUUGUGUUGAACAAGAUUGAUCGUUUGAUAGUAGAAAUGAAAAUGCAACCCUUAGAUGCUUAUAUCCGUAUGGUACAAUUACUUGAACAAGUAAACGCUCAAGUAGCAGAACUCUUCACUAUCGAUGUAAUGAGUAAAAAAGAAAAUAAUACGGAUAGCAGCUCCGGCUUAGAAGAAGCAGACGAUUCCAACAUUUACUUUGCUCCAGAACAAGGCAAUGUUGUUUUUGCAAGCGCGGCCGAUGGUUGGGGAUUUUCAAUACGAGAUUUUUCACGAAUGUUUGCUUCUAAGCUUGGGCUACAUGAAGAAGAGCUCCAACUUUCAUUGUGGGGUGAUAACUAUUUCAAUUCCAAAACGAAAACUGUUGUAAAAGGGGCACAAGAGAAAGCAAAAAAGCCAUUGUUUGUCCAAGUUGUUUUAGAGAAUUUGUGGUCCAUUUAUGAUGCAGUCGUUGUGCGUAAGGACAAAAUUAUGACUGAGAAAAUAGUUCAGAGUCUUCAGUUACAGAUGGCCCCUCGAGAUCUCAAGCAUUCCGAUCCGAAAGUGCAAAUACAAGCCAUACUCAGCAAAUGGCUUCCGCUAUCUGAGAGUGUACUUCGAAUGGUUUGCGAAAAAUUACCUAGUCCGUCUGACAUAACCGAUGCGAAAGCUGAAAAGCUUAUGUCUUCACUGUCAAAACCAUUUUGUUUACUUCCUGAAGCUACACAGCAACUAAAAAAGGCAUUCGUAGCAUGUUCUUCUUCCAGCGAUGCACCUGCAAUCGCGUUUGUUUCAAAAAUGAUAAUGGUGGAUCGACAAUGUUUGCCCAAGAGUAAAGUAACACUUUUAACUUGCGAGGAUAUUGCACUUCGCCGGCAGCAAGUCAGACAGAAACUCGCCGAACUUACUCUACAACAAGAGCAAGGAAAAGUUUGUGAAGUUGAAGAACCAGUAAAACCAAAAGAAGUAAUUGAAGAAGCUCCUGUUUUCGUUGCUUUCGCCCGUGUCUUCAGCGGAACCCUAAAAAAAGGACAGGAAUUGUACGUUUUGGGUCCAAAGUAUGAUCCCAUGGAGUGCCCGACGGAGGGCGACAUUGAUCCCAGCUUGACUUUAAAAGAUUUGAAAAGCGGCCAUCACGUUACUCGUGUCAAAAUUGGGGAUCUGUACCUUAUGAUGGGUCGGGAGCUGGAAACUUUGGAGAGUGCUCCAGCUGGAAGCGUGGUCGGUAUAGGUGGUUUAGAAGAGCAUAUUCUUAAAUCAGGAACUCUAAGCUCUACUCUGACUUGUCCUGCCUUCACUGAACUGUCUCAAAUGGUUGUGCCUAUUGUGCGCGUGGCUGUAGAACCCGCACGGCCUAGUGAAAUGCCUGAACUCAUUAAAGGUCUUAAACUUCUAAACCAAGCUGACCCUUGCGUUCAGGUGGUACUGCAAGAAAGUGGAGAACACGUAUUAAUCACCGCUGGUGAAGUCCAUUUACAACGAUGUCUCCGAGAUCUUAGAGAAUCUUAUGCAAAAAUUGAAAUUAAUGCAUCACAGCCUAUUGUUCCAUUCCGCGAGACUAUAGUGGCCCCUUUGGAACCCAUUGAUAAUGACAGCGCUGGCCGCGUUGAAGUAAAUACUUCAGGAAAGCGAUUUUCGAUGCGUUUACGAGCCGUAUCACUUCCAGAAGAAGUCACCGCUUUGCUAGAAAAGCACGUUGACAUAAUUAGAACCAUGAGUCAAACUCGAUGCGUAAAUUCCCUGGAAACGACAGCGAUCGAAGACGAAUUGAAUGAAAAGCUCAUCUUACAAUUGCAAAGUAAAAUUAGCAAACUCUAUGACGAACUGGAUCAAGCUUUCCAAAGAAGUGAUUGGAAGGAUAAUGCCGUGGAUAAGAUUCUCAGUUUUGGACCACGUCGAUGUGGACCUAACGUGCUAAUUAACUAUUCGCCAAUUACUUUACCUAAUCCAUGGAAGAGAAAUGUACCCGAAACUAUUGUCGAAAGAUCAACUUUGGAGUGCCUUAGCAGCGUUAUCAAUGGUUUUCAGUUAGCAACUCUAGCUGGACCUCUCUGUGAAGAACCUUUAUUUGGAGUUGCUUUCAUCCUAGAAGACUUGUCUAUCAUGCUAAACCAUCCGUCCACACCCUUAUCCAAUGGAGAUGACAACAAUGACGGCAGCAACCUUCAACAACAGUAUGGCUCACUCACUGGCCAGAUCAUGUCAGUCGUCAAGGAUGGAUGCAGACGAGCAUUUAUGAAUCAGCCGCAGCGGCUUAUGGCUGCAAUGUACACUUGCUCCAUCCAAGUCAGUGGCGAGGUGGUUGGUAAAAUGUAUGGGGUAUUAAGUCGGCGCCAUGGCAAAAUUUUGGAUGGAGAUCUAGAGGAAGGAUCUGCUUCCUUUAGUAUUACUGCUGUUUUGCCUGUCGUGGAGUCCUUCGACUUAGCAAACGAAAUACGCAAGCAAACGUCAGGUUUGGCUAGCCAUCAGCUGGUUUUUAGCCAUUGGGAGGUGAUUGAUAUUGAUCCGUUUUGGGUUCCCACCACCGAUGAAGAGCUGGAGUUGUACGGUGAUAAAGGAGAUUCCGUUAAUCGUGCUCACAUUUAUAUGAACUCAGUACGGCGCCGCAAAGGAUUGGCAGUAUCUGAAAAGGUCGUAGAGUUCGCCGAGAAACAACGCACUCUAUCUCGGAAAGUAUAGUUUUAAUUAAUUAUUAAUUGUGUACUGUUCUGUUGAGUAACAAGGAGAUUAUAUAAUAAAAUUUUUUGGAAUUGGG